GUCAUAAUCACAGUCUAUCUAUUCAUAUUGCAGUCAAUGAUAUGCCUUCUCAAAGUAAGGAAGAAUUGAGACAGGCCAGAAUUAGGGGUUCAGGGAGUCGUGAUGCCAAUAUUGCAUCCUUAAACAUUGGUGCUAGUAUAGUAAAGAAAAGUAGAGGAAGGCUGAAAGCCUCGAGUAAGAAGGACACCUCGUCGGAACUCCCAAAGUCAUCGAAACUACGUUUAAAGGAAUUGGACUCUGCACUCGUUCAUCCAUCCGAUAUAAAUUUACCUCGAUUUCGAAAUCAUGACAGAGACUCACUGAAAGAAACUACUUCGAAGGAUAAUAGCUUUGAGGGCGAUGAAGAAAGAAUAACAACAAGAAAAACGUCCAAAUCAUCUAACGAUUUUAUCACCCCUCAGAACCAGUUAACUCAUUCGGAACAUCUGAUAGAAGAUAGCAUAGAUACUACUCAAAUUGGUGUUGAUGGUGUUGAUCCGCCUAGCUUCGCUAAUCUUGACGAUAUUGAUUCUUUUAAAGAGGAUCUACCUGAGAAGACUUUUAAAAAAGAAUCUAUAUUCAAAAAGCCUGCAAAAAAGGAAUCUAAACUGGAUCCAAGAAAAUCCGGUAAUAAAACUAAGACCGAUCUACCCAUGUCAAACGAAAGUGAUAUUUCCAACUCUCAGCAUAGUGACUUUACUUUAUCUAAAAGACCUUCACGUCGCCUGAGGCCCUCCAAGUUUACUGAAGGGGAUGAAGAACUCGACAGGUUGCUCGGGUUGGAUUCUGGUGAUAAUGAUGUAUAUACAUCUCUGAAGAAAGAACAUAAAGCAAAUAAUUAUUUCGAUGAUAGUGAUCUGCCAGCUGAUGAAUAUGAAGAAGAAGAUGAUGAUGAUGAUAAUGAUUUUGAGAUAAGAUCGUCUAAGACCAGGAAGUCAAUGGCCUCAGAUGUCGAAACAGAACCCAAAAAGAAAAAACAUAAAGGCAAAAGGAAAGAAAGUGAAGGCAAAACAUCUAAAAUUGAUCUGGUCUUAUCUAGAGCUAAUAAGCCAAGCGUUUUAAAGUCAAGGCUAAAAUCUUCUCGUGCAGAAGGUGAACCUGAGUUUCCUGAGUUUCCUGAGUUUCCUACAACAUUCAAAGAGGCGAAGCCUUUACUUUCACUCAAAUCAAUCAUCUCUAUACCUCCAAGAGCUAGACCUAAUACAACUGAAAAAUCUGUUUCCCUAUUGAAGAAGCGAAUAGGUGAAAAGCAACGUCCUCUUUUGAUUGAUGUUCAAAGGCUUUUAACCGAUUCCACCAGAGAUAAAAGAUUAAGAGUGAAUACGUUGGAUGUUGUACAACAGCUUAUCAAGAAUUUUGAGCCUAAAUUACAUAAAAAUAGAUUUCUUGAUGAACAGGCUAUACACAACGAUUUUAAGGCUCACUUUUUAAGUCAAUUGGAGUCUAUCGGAGACGUACAUGGAAGCAUUAAAGAUCUUCAUUUUGAUGUGACCAAUAUUCAAAAACAAAAGAAUGAUAUGAGACGGAAAAUUUUUGAAUUGAAGAAAGAUCAUUCGAAAGUUGGAAACGAUCUUAAUCAACUAAGAUCUCAAUAUAACAAAUCUAAAGAAGAUUAUGAGUCUUUCACCAACAUGUCUGAUCAAUUAUGUGCUUUGAAUAAAAGUAUAUCCAAACAUAGGGCUGGAUCAUUAAAUGAUGUGAGUGCAGAAUCUGAGAGUAUUGAGAAUGAGCUCACAGAAGAUGUAGAUGAGGAGUUGGCAUCAUUAUCAAAGAUCAUUGAUCCACAAUCUGGUAUUUACAAAAAGCUUACGAUGAUAAAUGAGAAGUUAAGUAAAGUAGAUCAUGAAUUAUAGUGUUGGUCUCUAGUUUAUUUUUUUUUUUUAGCAGUCAAU